AUGGCACCAUCAUCAUCAUCAUUCCCAUGUUGUCGACUGUCCGUGGGUGUACUAGUACAUCUCUUGGUUGCAUCAACAAACUUGCUUGCUGCAAAUGCUCUGGACACGGUCGAAGAUUCGAGCUGGACCCUAUCGCACGCCGCUUACUCCACCCCGUGGGAACUAGGUGCCCGAAGUCGUCGCGGCCUCGCAGCUUUUGAGAAGUUAGUUUUAUUGCGGCCCAGCAUUGAUGCAGUGGACUCUCCUGCCGGAACAGCUCCAGCAACCACAGAGGAUGCAACCGAUAAGAACAGCGCAGAAGCCUCCGCAGCUGGCACCACGCGCAGAGAGACCAGCACCUCCGAUAAAAAUUUGCAGCACAACCAGAGGCCGGAGGGGGCCGGCAUCUGCCCCCGCGGGGACGCGCUGCAUCCGUUUUUCCUUGCGUCGAAGGACUACUACAGGAACGCGACACUGACCACCGUGUCCGGCAAGACAGUCGAUACCGCCGCGGAAAUCUACCCUUUUUUUGCCUUGGUACUGGGUCUAGAGGACGUUGUAAAUGUCCGGAAAUGUGGGGUGAAAGCCGCGUCCUUCCUCGCUUUGGUGGCCCGGUCGCUGAAACAAUUUGGCGGUUUCGACGCCGCGGAAGGAGUGUUGCGCGUGGCCGAGAGGAUUGCGAAGGCAGCCUACGGGAAAAACGGCGCGUUCCAUUUCUCCUAUGACUGGCUUGCGAUGCACGUCGGCACGGCUUCUAAUCCUGUCGGUGGUGAGAGUGAUGGAGUUCCACUUGAGACGAGCAACGGUGAAAGUAGUAGUCUUUCAACACCGGAUCUCAACACACAACCACGACCGAAUGAAUCAUUGCCUCCACGGAAACUGCAAAUCGAGUCCGAGCUGGUGCACUUGCUCGGACUUGGGCUGGAGGUGUCUGCCGCGGGAACGGAGUACUACGACCCCCCGAAGCCGCCGGAUGGAAGCCUGUACAACUGUUACUACGAACGGGCGGAGACUUUCCGUUACGGGCAAGUGCCCAGGUUCAAAGCGAUUUCGUUGUACGGCGACAGUGGUGGGCCACCACUUCCUCCAAGUGGUAGCGAAGAAAAAACGCCACGAAUUGGUGAAGCGCACGAGGCAGUAGGGAGCGGGGAUAGUAGUACAACUGCAGCAAACGACCCCGACCAGCAAGCAUUCUCUGACCAGGCCGUGCUCAUCUCCGCGCUCGGCAAGAUGGAUCCCGCCUUUGCGGACGCGCGGCUGCGUCUCGUACUGGAACAGUCGACGGUCGGAAAUAAUCUUCGAAAAGCGUUCAUUAGGUUCGGAAAUGAUCUUCUUCUGGACAGCACGGUUUCGAACGCCGAUGUCGACGACGAGCGGGGCAGAACUCCUGGCUGUCUAUUCUCGCCUGCGAAGUUCGAGAAGUCGCAGCACCGCUGGGGGCGUGCAACCGCGGAGUUGCUGCAUCUAGUGGAGAAUACUAACGCUUUCAACGCGGGCGCGCUGCAGGGGCAGGAAGUGGAACCGGGAACAAAUAACAAAAACCGGGCGAUUCCAUCCCUCCGCUCCACGUGGCAGCGCGUCGAGGCUGUCCUCGGAUUUGUCCACGACCUGCGACUUCGGGACAAUGAGUCCCACGACUUUGAGGACUUUGCGCUUCGCGGCUGGGGGGCGGUUUGGUUCUCCGUGCUGGAGAAGCUGCAGAAAGAUUUUCAGGAGUAUCAAGGUCUACAACUUCGUAGCCCCGACGAGGGGGAACAACAAUUGCAGUCGGGGAAGAGAAAAGUUGAGUCCUGCGGUGUGCAACUAGAGCGGCUUCUUUUCGAUGAUGCUAGUAGAACAGGAAGCGAGGAAAGAAUUCGCACGAACGACGACCCUCCAGAACAACUGUUCGACCAAGAAAUGUACAGCUCGUGGCCCGCGACCGGGCGACACCCGGUAGACGCUCUGUACCGGGCCGUGGCGUACUGCGCACAGGAAGGGAACGACUGCCUCGUCCCGCUGGAGGUGUCGGCCACGGUGCUCGCGGGCGGACUGGGCGGAUUCUGUCCGGAAGGCUGGACCGCGGCGUUCCUGAGCUUCGUGGAGCACGUGGUAACCGUGGUGCAGGAAGCGGAGGUCCGGAAUUUAUACCUCGACGUGCUGGAACUGCUGUCAAGAAACAAUGAUGUAGGUGCGAAAAAUAAUAAUAAUCUUCAUUAUGAUGUCAAUCUUUUACCCCUCCUCCAAAAACUCGGACAAGCUUUGGCGGGGAGGGAGACCACCUCUAAGCCUGAGGAUCAUGCAGUUGACCUCUACAAAUUGCUCCGCGACGGGCUGGAAGAGGUGUCGCGGCAGCUUCAGGUAGUAGCGGAAUUCCACCACGAAUCGAAGAUGUCGGUUCCCUUUGAUGCCAAAGAAGGCCCCGACUUUACGCGCGGCCCCAGAACAAGUGCAGAAGCGGCGGCAAGUAGAAACAACCUCCGCGGCCACAGCUUCCCAAUUUCCCGAAAUCUCACCGCGGACUGGCGGCAGGACGCGUUGCGACUGCGCGUGAACAAAUUGCAGAAACGGUCGAGGAAUGCGAUGUUUUCUGAUGCCGGCGACCAUGUAGACAGCAACGGGGAGGUUGACAAGAACGAGAGCAAUACACGAGACGGCCUUGAUCAGCAUCUACUUCUGCCUGUCCCCGCAUUGGAAAAGCGACUCUCACGACUGCGGCCGAAAACGACUUCCCCCGUGUACCGAACCUGGGCGCGGUUCGACUUGCCGCGGUUGCUGCAAAUUUUGCUGGAGCAAUUUUCCGCGUUUUCCGCCCGGCAACUGUUCGCGUCCCCGUGGCCCAUCCUGACCUACGCGGGCAGGCUGUUCCGCCUGUUGGCGGAGACGGUGCCGACGUAAUAGGUGAAUGUCCAGGUAAUUGUCUGCCGACGAGGUCGACAGAGACGGUGGGCACGUUGCGUCUUUGCCAUGCUUCUAGAGGAAGAUAAUUCUUGUCUUCGCCGUGACGACGAGAUAGGAACACGACGAGCUCCUGUGUCGCGCGAGAAAACUGAUUCCACUGCGUUGAAAUUUGGGGCCCACUCUACUACUGUAGCGAUAGUGAGUGGAAAAAACACGAUCUUCAACAUAGUACGUGAGGACUGUGGUGCUGUGACAGUUGGUACCAUAGAUGAAUUUGUAAUCCUCAACUACUCAUCGAUAAAAGUAGCAGCGCAUCAACGGCAAGCAAUUCCGGGUAUUGUACUCAAUUACGUCCAAAUUCAUUUUACACCUAGAGGAGCAGUCUACAUAUCAACGACGUCGAUGGUAAGAGGAUUCUUUACAGUUUUGGUUUUAUCGAUUUAUGCUGGCCGAGUAGGUGUUUCUCCUGAGAGCGGUGCCUCCCUGCUCGUUUCCUCCGGGUGGUCUGCGACAUCAUGUUCCACUUGAUAGCAAUAUGUAUAGCUAAAAACAGGUGUGAAGGAUCCUCCUCCUCCU